GAUAAUGGCUGGUACUACGUACACGCGUAUGCAUAGAAAAACAAGUCUUGGGACUCCACCGUCUCCCCCUCUGCCCUCUCCUACCCCCAUGUGAGGUGCGUAAAUAAAAUUGAAGGGAGUGGCCAGGAGCGUGGCGGGGACCAUGGUCCGUCCCUUCGUCUCGCGACAGCAGCGCAAAACUCCAACCCAGCAAGCGGCGGCGGCCAAAGAUAGUCCGUAGCCGCGCAGGUAGUGUUAGUACAUGUACGACUAAGAGGGGUGGUGCGCCGGCAGUGUAGUAGUUGCUGUUCUUGCCUUGGGUGUGGGCAGGCUGGUUUCGCCGGAUCGCCGUCCACGUCCGGAAUCCGGCGACAGACGCGGCGCUCUCGGGCACAUGGACCUGCCACCAGCCCGCCGGCUUUGGUUUCUUGCUUACAAUGCUGCUUGAUCCGAGGGGAGGGGGGUGUUGGCCGGCGGUGACAGGUGCAGAGGAAGAGGGGCGAUUUUGACACUGUUCUUGGGUGGAGGGGGUGCAGGACUGAGAAGGGCGAUGGGGGCAGGGGAGGAGGAUGCGGCGGCGGCAUGGGAGAAGGUGGAGGCCAAGGAGGAGAGGAUCAUGGUGUCCGUGCGGGUGCGGCCGCUCAACGGCAGGGAGUCCGGCGACAGCUCCGACUGGGAGUGCAUCAGCCCCACCACCGUCAUGUUCCGCAGUACCGUCCCUGACCGCGCCAUGUUCCCCACCGCCUACACCUACGACAGGGUGUUUGGCCCCAAUUGCUCGACCAGGCAGGUCUACGAAGAAGGAGCAAAAGAAGUUGCUCUAUCAGUUGUCAGUGGAAUCAACUCAAGCAUAUUUGCGUAUGGGCAGACAAGCAGCGGAAAGACUUACACAAUGACUGGCAUUACUGAGUACAGUGUGAUGGACAUCUAUGACUACAUAGAGAAGCACCCUGAAAGAGAAUUCAUGCUGAAAUUCUCAGCAAUUGAGAUAUAUAAUGAAGCUGUAAGAGAUCUUCUGAGCCAUGAUACCACACCUCUUAGACUGCUUGAUGACCCAGAGAAAGGGACUACUGUUGAAAAGCUCACUGAGGAAACACUGAGGGACAAGGACCAUCUUAGGGAUCUUCUUGGAAUGUGUGAAGCUCAAAGAGAGAUUGGAGAAACGGCUUUGAACGAAGCGAGUUCUAGGUCCCAUCAAAUACUCAGGCUGACAAUCGAAAGUUCUGUUAAACAGUAUUUAGGAAGAGGCAAAUCGAGCACCCUGGUAUCUUGUGUGAACUUUGUUGACUUAGCUGGAAGUGAGCGAGCAUCUCAGACUGCUUCAGCUGGUAUGAGGUUAAAAGAAGGUAGUCAUAUUAAUCGAAGUCUGCUAACACUGGGAAAGGUUGUUCGCCAACUGAGCAAGGGAAGAAACGGCCAUAUCCCAUACAGAGAUUCAAAGCUGACACGCAUAUUACAGUCCUCUUUGGGAGGCAAUGCAAGAACAGCCAUUGUCUGCACCAUGAGCCCAGCACACACUCAUAUUGAGCAAUCCAGGAACACACUUCUGUUUGCAACUUGCGCAAAGGAGGUAGUUACAAAUGCACAGGUCAAUGUAGUGAUGUCUGACAAAGCACUACUGAAGCAUCUACAAAGAGAGCUUGCAAGAUUAGAGAAUGAACUGAAAUUGCCGGAGUCAGCCUCCUGCACUAGUCAUGCUGAAGCUUUAAGAGAGAAGGAUGCACAGAUCAAAAAGCUGGAAAAACAGCUUAGGGAAUUGAUAGAAGAAAAGGAUACUGUUCAGUCUCAACUUAACUGUUUAAUGAAAAGUGACGCUGACGACCAUGCCAAUGACCGCACUGCAAAGCGAUGGGAUGUCCAUAGUCGGUCCUCAGAGUCUCUUGCGCGAAAUGCAUCCGAGGAAGCACUUUCGGUUUCAGACACUUAUGGAGGUUCUUAUCAAGAUCAAGGUCACGCAGUGUUUGAUGAAUCAUAUGUCUUCAGUGCUGAUCAUGAUGACUUGUCAGUUCCCAAUCAAACAAUGGAUCUUCCUCAACAAACAAGGGUUCGGAAGCCAAUUUCACCUUGGCACCCUCCUAGUAACUAUAGCUCUGAUGGCACAGAGUCAUAUAACAUGAAGGAAGUAGCUUUCAGAAGUGCAUCUGAAGUAUCUGAAGAACAUUGUAGGGAAGUACAAUGUAUAGAGAUACAUGAGCAUAGAAGAAGCACAAGCGAGGAAUUUAAUGUAUUACUCCAUGAGGGCACUAAGCUCCACAUACCUGAAGUAGAGGACAUCUCUAGAGACGCAGUCCCGCAACCUGAUGAAGUACCAGAAGCCGUGAGCAUAACAGAGAAAAUGGAAGAUCAUAUCAAGAUAUACCCUAGCAAAGAGGAGCGGCAGGCCGAGAUCAUAGCAAAUGCAGUAGAAGGUCCUAUUGAAGUGCAUCAAUGUGAAUCUGAUGACUUUGCAGACAACUUUGUCAAACUGUACCCAUGUGAUUCUAACAUUUCCUUGGACGUUGGCAAACCUUAUCCUCAUGAAUGCCUGACUGUAAAGAGGUGUAUAACGAGCUCCAAGGAUAGUGCAUUGGCUAGAAGUCAGAGUUGCAGGGCUAGCUUCAUGAUCAUUCCAAAUAGUUGGUUUGAUGAUUCGGAAAACACCGGGCAGACACCACCUGGUGAAAUCUUCAGGUAUCCUCCCAGAAGGCCUGAUAAAGUUAGGAGAAGUCUGUACCAAGGAAAUGAUGGUUGCCAAAACAAUAACACUUCAGUAGACCUCUCCGCUGAUUCUGGCGAAGUAGUUUGUGAUGAAGUAGUCAAGGACAUGAGCACCAGUGAUGAGGUAGUCAAGGACAUGAGCACCAGUGAUGAAGUGGUCAAGGACAUGAGCACCAGUGGUGAAGUAGCCAGGGAGUGGAGUACCAAUGAAGCAGAACAAGAAGUUUGUGCCGGUGACAUCAGUUGUGUCACAGACCUGGAACAGAAGGCAGCAAAACACCAUGAGGACCAACCUGAGGAACAUCAGGCAGAGCAGAUUGUUCGAGAUGAGUGUGCAGCAGUUAAAACUGUCAAAGAUGUUGGCACAGAUGCAGUCCCGAGUACCGCCGAGUCUCCUUCGCGCUGGCCUAUUGAUUUUGCAAAUAGGCAGCGAGAGAUCAUCGAGUUGUGGCACGAUUGCAACGUGUCCCUGGUACACAGAACCUACUUCUUCCUCCUCUUCAAGGGAGAUGUCGCAGAUAGCGUCUACAUGGAAGUGGAGCACAGGAGACUGUCCUUCAUCCUGAGCUCCUUCAGCACCAGCUCCGCAGGAGGCGAGCUUAACUCCGCAAUGGCAUCCAGCUUGAAGAAUAUGAAACGCGAGAGGGACAUGCUCUACAAGCAGAUGCUGAAGAAGCUCACCAACGGGGACAAGGAGGGCAUCUACACCAGAUGGGGGAUCGAUCUGGGCUCCAAACAGCGGCGGCUUCAGCUAUCUCGCCUGGUAUGGACGCGGGCUGACAUGGAGCAUGUCCGAGAGAGCGCCUCGCUGGUGGCGAGGCUGAUCGACUUGGUUGAGCCAGGGCAGGCUCUCAAGGAGAUGUUCGGCCUCAACUUCACGCUGGCUCCCAGAACCGAACGCCGGUCUUUCAGCCUGCUGGGCGCUUGAUCUUUGACGUAUGUAUGGAGGUAGAAGGGUUUGGUUUACGUAGUACAGGAGGUUCACUUAACACGAGGAGAGGACUAUGCUCCACCGCAUCGAUUGGUUUCACUCGUGUCUCUACCUUGUUCUUGUUUUUGCUUGUGUAUUGUGUGCGUGUGCGUGUGCGAUAUUCCUGUGUGCAAUCUUACAAAAGUGAAUCGAUCAGACAGUACAGUUCUGACUA